AUGGGAUGCACAGCCUCCAAGCUCGACAGUGAGGACACCGUCCGUCGCUGCAAGGAGCGCCGCCGUUUUAUGAAGGACGCCGUGUAUGCCCGUCACCAUCUCGCCGCCGCUCACUCUGACUAUUGCCGAUCCCUUCGUCUCACCGGCUCCGCCCUUUCCUCCUUUGCCUCCGGCGAGUCCCUCGUUGUCAGCGAAAACACCCCCGCUGUUUUUCUCCGCCCGUCCAACGACGAUGCUCCACGUGUUCCUUCCCGAAAACCCCAUCCUCACGACCUCCCUCGGCGGCGGAAACCGUCACAUCCACAGCCUAGGCUUCCCCACAUUCUGUCGGAGUCGUCUCCAUCUUGCUCUCCGGUCAGCGAGAGGUCUAAUCUGACAAGUAGGUCUUUCUAUCCAACUGCUCAGCAGUACUCCCGCUCUCCGUCCCAAGCUUCCUCCGCGUGGAACUGGGAGAAUUUCUACCCUCCCUCUCCCCCCGACUCUGAGUUCUUUGAACGCAAGGCUCGCCACAAGCAGCCUCCACCAAGCCACGCAGAAACUGACCGCGAGGAAGUUCACUGCAGCGAAUGGGGCGACGACCACGACCGCUUUACCGCCACCACUUCCUCUGACGGAGAUGGGGACCGCGAAACUAACGCUUCCAGAUCCGGUCUUGAGUCGCAUGCUCCCGCAGAGCCUGUGAAUCAGCACCAUGAACACGGGAUAGCCAACGCCGACGAGGCUACCACCUGUUCCGGAAUGGUGGUAAGGCACAAGGAUCUGAAGGAGAUCCUCGACGCCGUUCAGCACUACUUCGACAAGGCUGCCUCCGCUGGGGACCAGGUCUCCGCCAUGCUUGAGAUGGGCCGUGCUGAGCUCGACCGCAGCUUCGGCAAGCUGAGGAGUAGGUCAACUUCUCCAGUCUUGUAG